UUGCGGAACAGUCGCUUGCGAGACGUGGCAAACGGCGGACGAGGCAGAGCAGAGCAGAGCAGGAAGCAGCGUGUUCCAUCUCUACAGCAACGCAGGCCUACGUUCCGUGCAGUUUUUACAGCAGAAUCAUCCGCAAUGGCAGCCACCGAGGACAAGCAGGAGACUGCAGCUGUGAACGUGGGCGCCCUCCUAGAUGCAGGUGAUGGUGCUAUGGUGACAUUGGUGGCAGGCAACACGCGGCUGGUGGUGCACAGGGCCAUCCUGGCAGACAGGAGCCCCGUGUUUGCCGGCAUGUUCCGGCACGAUACACUGGAGGCGAGCAGUGGGCACGUCACCGUCACCGAUGUGGAGGGCCCGGUGCUGCGCGAGUUGCUCGGCUACAUGUAUUCCCUUCAGGCGACCCACCAGCCCAGCGUCACGCCCGAGCUGCUGGCAGCUGCGGAUAAAUACGGCGUGUCGGGGUUGAAGGCUCUGUGUGAGCAGCAGCUGGCAUCUCAGCUGUCAGUGGAAAACGCGGCGGCCACAGCAGUGCUUGCGUUGAGGUACUCCUGUGCCAGCCUCAUGGAGGCUACUGUAGCCUUUAUAAAGGCCAACCAGCAAGUGCUGGCCACUGAGGGUUGGGCUGAGGCGGUCCACAUCCUGCCCAAAGAUGUGGUCGAAGUCAGUCGCCUGCUUGGUCAGCCACCGGCAGACACCAGGAGACUUCCUGGAGAAGAGUGUGACAUGAAGCUGAUCUACUUAGCUCAGCAGGGGGCAGAGGAGGAGCUGCGUGCACUGUUGAAAGCAGGGGCCGACGUAGGGGUGAGGGACGUGGACUUUUAUGACAUGACAGCCCUGCACUGGGCAGCUUCCAGGGGCCAGGUGCAGGCAGUGAGGUGUCUGGUGGAGGCCGGGGCGGAGGUGGACGCCAGGGACAGCAUGCAGUGCACGCCUCUGCACUCGGCCGCAUACCGUGGCCGCGCAGCUGUGGUGCGGCUGCUGCUGGCGUCUGCAGCUGACCCCAACGCCAGGAACCAGUGGAGAAGGACACCGCUCCACGAUGCGGCGGAACGUGGCCACGCAGACAUAGUGGCCGUGCUGCUGCAGGCGGGAGCUGACAGGAGGGCCAGAGCUGACAACUGGAGUACCCCACUGGACCUCGCCAGGCGGAACAACAGGGAGCAGCUGAUAGAGAUGUUGUCAUAGAGUUUGUGUUCCAACAAAUGUCUGUGUAUUUACAGCUCUUUCUGAUGUUUUUCAAUAAAGCUUUAAGUGUAGUUUAUGUAAGUAGUUAUAUGUAAAUUCUGUGUCAGGAUUAA